UCCGGUCGAUCCUUCUGCUAAGAACCAGAGCCUUCUGCUAUCCGACCAAGAUUUCUUUGAGAAAAAGAAAGGAAGAGGAAGAGCAAGGGGAAGAAAUACAAUGCAAUCCAUGAGUCUCCAUCAGGCUCUCUUCUGCCCCUCCUCUUCUCCUCUCCUCACCAACAGCCACUACCGCCGCGACCCUCUUUCUCUUUUUCUUUCUCUUCCCCGCAGUGGUCUUCUUCCUUCUAAUCCCUCUGCUUCUUCUAUCCCGUGUCAGCUUCAUUUGGGGUCCAAGAAGAGAGGGAGAAGUUCCACACCAAUCAUACGUUUCGCUGUCGGAGACGUUCCGCCCUCUUCAGUCGCAGCAGGAGAUAGAUGGCUUCUCGAGCCAGUGGGUGAUGGGGAUACAAGGCAUCUAGGUUAUCGAGUCCAACUACCCAGCGCAUUUGAAUUGGCUUCUAGUGUUGUUACUGUAGGUCGUCUUCCUGACAAGGCAGACUUGGUGGUUCCCGUAGCUACAGUUUCUGGUUUGCAUGCUCGGCUGGAGAAGAAAGAGGGAAACCUUCUUGUAACAGAUUUAGACAGCACUAAUGGGACAUACAUUAAUGAUAUGAGGCUCAAAUCUGGUGCUUCUGCUAUUUUGACACCUGGAAGUUGCAUUACAUUUGGUGAUAAGCAUUUAGCAAUGUUUCGUGCUUCAAAGAUCGAGAGUGUGGAUGCAGCCAGUGAGUCUGUCAGUAGCCAAGUGAUUGAUGUUGCCCUUGAGUAAACCAGUGAUGCAAACGCUUGAGGAUAGGAGGUAGUCAAAUCUCUAAGUAUUUAUUUGUGUUAGUUCUCGCUUCAAUCUUGUUCAAGUAUAUACCAUAUGAUUCUAGUGAAGAAAUAUGUCUGUCUA